AAAAGCCCAUUUCAAUGAUGUCAACAGAAUGUGUUCAGCCACUUGAUAUCCCAGAAGACAGACUGGACAAGCGAGAUUCACACUGUAACCAUUUAGAGGAUCUUUCAGAGCAGCUGAUUAAGAGCUGUGACCUCAAAAAGAAACCAAGAAAAGGUAAAACCAUCCAGCCUUCCCAAAACACUGAACAGGAGCAAAAAAAGCCGAGGAGAAAAGAUACACCGGCUUUACACACCCCACCACCCCUAACAGGCAUACUUUCAGACUUUUCUGAUAAUCUGCUGAAAAGAUAUGGUAUCACAGAGAAGCCACAGAGAGAGAGAGUAAGUCCAGGCUCUCAGAUCACCGAACUGGAGCAGAAAAAGCCCAGGAGAAAAGAUACACCUGCAAUACACCUUAAGCAUUUGUACAAACAGAGACGGGUACUUGUAGAAUAUUAUACAAAAUAGGUAGAACUGGGUAGUUUUGUGCUUACCUUAAUAGCUCUGUGCGCUAGAUUGAGCAGCACUGCCAGCAGUUAAAGAUUAUCUAGCCUGGCAGACUGAAUUCAGUUAUCUUUUUAACACCCUUAGGCAGACAGCUGAGGAGCACACUAGUUUGGACUUCAUUUGCCACAGUGACUGACCCAGCAUCUUUCAUGAGAACGCAGUCCAUUCGCAGAUAUUCAGCUUCAAGAUGUAAUCAAUAAGCUUAUAAUAAAUAAUCGUGUAUUAAAG